AAUCUCUCGUAUCAAAAUUCUGUAUGAUAACUUAAAAAUGGAAUGUCAUCGCAAACUGUUACUGGCGUUGAGCUUCGGGGCUUUUGCCCUUAUACAUCUUGUUCGAGCUCAACGUGAUCAAGAAGGAUUCAUCAGUUUGGACUGUGGUUUAUCCCCUAAUGAGUCUCCGUAUACCGACUCAGAAACGGGAUUAACAUUCUCAUCUGAUGCCGAUUUCAUCCAAAGUGGUAAACGCGGUGAAGCUGAGGAUGAUGAGAACUAUUCCUACAAGCAGUUCAAGAAUCUUAGAUACUUUCCAGAUGGCAUACGAAACUGCUAUAAUCUCAUUGUAAAGCAGGGAAUCAACUAUCUCAUUAGAGCCGGGUUCUCAUAUGGAAACUAUGACGGUCUUAAUGUGUCUCCCAAAUUUCAUAUGCACAUAGGGCCUAACAUGUGGACUGCGGUGGUUGUGAGAACCGAACAUUAUCGAGAGGUCAUAUACAUGUCAAAGUCAAGCUUAUUGCAAAUUUGUCUUGUCAAGACAGGAGAAACUAUACCAGUGAUAUCAACCUUGGAACUACGACCAUUAAGAAAUGAUUCAUACAUGACUGAACUCGGUCCCUUGCAGCUAAUAUAUCGACGGGCCUAUACAAGCGAUACUUCCGGUUAUAUAAGGUAUCCUGAUGAUGUCCUUGAUCGCAUAUGGGAUCGAUAUAACUGGUUUGAAACAGACGUAAACACCACUCGCAAUGUGACUUCCUCUAACCCUUUUGCAGUGCCAGAUGCUGUAAGUAGGUCGGCCAUUUCUCCUAGAAAUUCCAGCAGACCAUUGAGUUUUUUCUUGUCUCCAGACGAGAAAAGCGAAAAAGUUAGUGUAUACUUUCAUUUUGCCGAGAUCCAAGCCCUAAAUGCAAAUGAGACUAGGGAAUUCGACAUUUUGUUGGAUGGAAUAGCUAUCCACAGCGCUUAUAGUCCUAAGGUGUUACAGUCAGAAACAAAAUACAACAUAUCACCACAAAAAUGCAGCUUAAGCUCCUGCGACUUGGACCUCGUAAGAACUCAAAGAUCAACUCUUCCACCAUUGAUAAAUGCUAUCGAGGCCUUCAAGGUUUUAGAGUUUUUAUACGCUGACACAAAUCAAAAUGAUGUCAAUGCUAUGAAGAAUAUCCAAGCAGUUUAUGGAUUAAACAUGAUAAGUUGGCAGGGAGAUCCGUGCGUCCCUGAAGUGUUGAAAUGGGAAGGUCUAAAGUGCAGCUAUACAAACAAAUCUACCCCUCCAAGAAUUAUAUCCUUAUAUUUAUCAUCACGUGGGUUAAAAGGGGUCAUCACGCCUGCCUUUCAGAAUUUGACCGAGCUUCAAAAUCUGGACUUAUCAAAUAACAGUCUCACUGGAGGCGUGCCGGAAUUUGUAGCCAACAUGAAGUCACUAUCGAUCAUAAAUUUAAAUUGGAACAAUUUAACGGGUCCUCUUCCUAAGGCCAUUCAGGAUAGAGAAAAGAAUGGACUAAAGCUAACGAUCAACGGAAACCCAAAGCUUUGUGCUGAUGCGUCAUGCAAAAAUAACAAUCAAAAGUACGUUUUACCAGUUGUUGCAUCGACAGCAUCUGUGCUCAUCAUUGUAGCUGUGAUGAUUCUCAUUCUUGUUUUCAAAAAGAAAAAACCAACGCAAGUUCAACACGAAGUACCAAGUCGAACGUCGAUAAUUACGCAGACAAAAAGGUUUACUUAUUCAGAGGUGGUUGCAUUAACAGACAAUUUUGAAAGAGUUCUUGGAGAAGGAGGAUUUGGAGUAGUGUAUCAUGGUUCUUUGAAUGGUACGCAACCAAUAGCUGUCAAACUACUUUCUCAAUCAUCAGUACAGGGCUAUAAGGAAUUCAAAGCAGAGGUUGAACUUCUUUUGAGAGUUCACCACGUAAAUUUGGUAAGUCUAGUCGGAUAUUGUGACGAAGAAGGCCACUUGGCUCUCCUUUAUGAGUAUGCACCCAAUGGAGAUUUAAAACAGCAUCUCUCAGGAGAACGUGGUGGCUCCCCUUUGAAGUGGUCAAGUAGAUUAAAAAUUGUCACUGAGACUGCACAAGGUUUGGAAUACUUGCAUACGGGAUGCAAGCCUCCAAUGAUACAUCGUGAUGUCAAAACAACAAAUAUACUUUUGGACGAGCAUUUCCAAGCCAAACUCGCAGAUUUUGGUCUUUCAAGAUCUUUCCCAAACGGAGGUGAAACUCAUGUGUCAACAGCCGUUGCUGGCACUCCUGGAUAUCUUGAUCCUGAAUACUAUCGAACAAAUAGGUUGAAUGAGAAAAGUGAUGUAUAUAGUUUUGGGAUUGUAUUAUUGGAGACUAUCACUAGUCAACCUGUGAUUCAACAAACCCGUGAAAGAUCACACAUAGCAUCAUGGGUGGGAUACAUGCUUACAAAGGGAGAUAUUGAAAACGUUGUGGAUCCAAGACUCAGUAGAGACUAUUAUGAGCCUACGUCUCUCUGGAAGGCUCUUGAGAUAGCAAUGUCAUGCGUGAAUCCUUCUUCAGAGAAAAGACCAAACAUGUCUCAAGUUACUAAUGAACUAAAGCACUGUCUAACAUUAGCCAACUCAAGGCAAGGAGUGAGACAGCAAAUGAGUUCAAACAGUUCUGUUGAGCUGAGCGUGAGCUUUACCUCCGAAGUUACCCCUAACGCACGGUAACUCAUGCCAACAAUGGCAGAUCGCUAAGGACUG